GUUUGGAAAGUCGACGAUUGGCUGAUUGCUGUUCCAGCUUUGGAGUUGGAUCGAAGAAAUCAAAUAAUCAGGUUUGGUGAGCAUCCCAAUGAUUGGGAAACUUGUUUCUACUCUCUGUAGAAAAUAUACUUCAAUCAAAUUCAAAAAAUGCACAAUUUUUCUUGGCAUCAGAGGAGAACAAAAAUUCUACUCCAAUUCAAUGGCCAAUCAAAACACCACCUCUUCCACUGCCAAAAACUACAACAACCUAUACCAUCUUCAUUAGCUGUUCUGGCAUGUUGGUCGGGCUUCUUUUUGGCACUGCAAGUUUUUCCAUCUAUGAAUGGGUUUAGGUAGCGAUGCUUCUUUGAGAAGAUCUUCUCAAAAGGGGAGCUUGUAGAGGGUGAUAAAAUGAGGCAAAAAGGGAAUGACCAAGUACAUAGAGAGAAAAGGAGGAAAAGCAAAAUAUGACAUUGGUUAGUAAGUAAUAGUAUUUUUGAUUUUGUCAUUGCUGGAAUGAGUCUUGGAAUUAAGUUUGGGUUAAAGAAACUUGGGGAUGUAUUGGUUUGUAGUUUAGUGGAUAAAUUAGUUAUUAUCUAAUUUUAGAUUUGUUUCUUACAAUGUUAGGUUUGCUACAUCCAAACAAGUUUUUUAAUUUUUAUUAUUUUUUUCUUUUUGAAUCUUUCCUUAUUUUGUGGUCUAUUUCUCAUCUCUUACAUAAGCUGCUGCUCAUUUCAGUUAUGUUGGAAUGUCUGUUAGAGUUCUACAUUGACAGUACUAUGUAGGAGUUGAUAUAAAGUCCGUUAGCAGAAAAACCAUUACAGAUCCUAUACCUCGGCUUGUUUAUAUUCCUUUUUUUGCUCUACUUUCUUUAGCAGGAGAUGUCAUUGUGGGAGUAUCUCUGGGGUAAAGUUGGAACUCAGUUUUCAAUAUUGAAGCUUGGCAUUGCAUCUUUUGCAGAAAUCUUCAGUCAUGCAGCAACACAGUUAUCUGAGAUGGUCUUGGCAAUAAUCUUCUUUCACAGUUCAGAAUAUGCAUUAGCAAUUGCUAUACAUGGGAGAUCAAAUGUCACUCUUACCUCACUUCUCAUCAGCAAACACUAUGUUUUGGCAAUGAUCUUCUCGUUACUUGAGUAUUUCUUUGAAAUCAUUCUAUUUCCUUGGUUGAAAGAAUUCUGGUGGAUAAGCAACUUUGGGCUUGCAAUGGUUGUAAUAGGAGAAGUUAUUAGGAAACUGGCUAUUAUAACGGCUGGUCGUGCCUUUACACACCUUAUCAAGAUUCACCAUGAGGAGCAUCACAAACUAGUUACUCAUGGAGUGUAUAGAUUUGUUCGUCAUCCAGGAUAUUGUGGCUUCUUAAUUUGGGCAGUUGGCAUUCAGAUAAUGCUAUGCAACCCCAUGUCUACGGUAGCAUUUGCAAUUAUUGUUUGGCGCUUCUUUGCAGAACGAAUACUUUAUGAGGAAUAUUUCUUAAGGCACUUUUUUGGAUCAAAUUACGAUGACUAUGUUCGACGAGUGCCUUCUGGGGUGCCAUUUGUGAAAUGAAGAGUAAUUCAUUUUGUCGGUAUGGCUGGCUUUCUCUUCCCAUAAACUUUUCGAUGAGCGUGUAAUUGGAACUUCUAGACAAGUAAGAUGAUUUCUGUUUUGCAGCCUAGUACUUUUUUCCAGUUGUAAAUUUCUGGACUUAAUUUAAUUAUGUAAAUUGGCAAUGGAAUCCCAGAUGACAAAAGCUUCCUACUAGUUUCCCAUCUGCAUGUGAAAUUGCCAAAUUGUUCCAUGAGAUGUUCAAUGAUAUGCAGUUGGACCAUGCUUUCCAGCCAUGUUUAUUGUGUUU